AUGACGCCGAAGAAAGCCACGCCGAACCAAGUGAAGAUGAUGCGCGUCACCUCACAAUUCCAUAACCUAGAAAACUACAUGAACUCGUACACCGCUGAGCAAGCGUCUCAAUGCGAUGUCAGAUUGCAAACGUUGGAAAAUUGUUGGAAGACUUAUGAUAAGAUUCAAACAGCCCUCGAAGAUUCGGAAGAAGCGGAAGAGGAACUGACACGCUUGCUCAAGGAAAGGAAUGAUAUGUACGAUCGAUACUGUCUCAUCAAGGGUUUUCUUACAUCCAACGUUCAAGACAUGAACAGCACAGUGAUUGAAACUAAGCCAAAUACGACCAUCCCUGUCGCUGCUUCACCGCAUGUACGUCUACCUAAGAUAAAUCUGCCCACAUUUGAUGGAAAGAUCACGGAAUGGCUCAGCUUUAAGGAUCGGUUCACCGCUAUGAUUGCAUCAUCUACUGAGAUUCCUGAUGUUAUGAAGUUAGAGUAUCUUCUAGCAUCGCUAAAGGGUGAAGUUGCCAAGCGCUUUGAGUAUGUAAGCAUUGCUGCCGAAAACUAUCACACCACCUGGAAGGAGCUAUUAGAUAGAUAUGAUAAUGUCCGAGCCCUCAAGCGUGAGUAUUUUAAAGCAAUUUUUUCGGUAGCACCUAUGAAGGACGAUUCCAUAGAAGAGUUACGUCGCGUAACUGAUGAGUUCACACGUCUCACCCAAGGAGCAAGAUUCAAGUACUACAACGAAACUUCGAGUGGUCUUCGACGCGUCAUGUCUUACUGA